AUGAAGGAAGUAAAGCCACUGGAUCUGACUCUGCAUAUCGGUGGAAUAACGGCCUCUUUUGGAAUUAUAGAAGAAGGAAAGUUUACUGGAUGUAUUGAAGAUAGGCCUGCGAUUUGGAACAUGCAUUCCAAAUUGUAUGCAAAUAAAACAGCAAAAAGAAAUGCCUGGGAGGAAAUGGUCCUAAUUUUUUGCAAAUCAGAUAAUACCGAGGAAAAAAGAAAAUAUUUUUAUUUAAGGUUAUCAUUACAAAAAAAUGGAAACAGUUACGAGAUAAAUAUGUAA